CACAGCCUACCGAAUGCAGAGAGGAAUGAAGCGUGAACGUUGACUUGUUCUACGUUUUUUUUUUGGCGUGCGUAUUUUUGUUAAUGGGGACGUUAGAGCCAGUGGGCUUACAGUCAGUGCCUUCUUCCGUAUAUUCGUCUUUUAGAAAUAAGUGGUGUUCUGUAGUUGUAUGAUUUUAGGGGCUUGUUGACCCAGGCUGUUUGCCUGCCUGAGUAACUUUAGAGCUUAGCGAUCAGGUAGAGCUCUAGCCAAACGACCAAGAGAGCAUGUAUUGUCUCAUCGCUUCUGGAUUCAUUGUAUUCCGUCAAGGAAAAAGCGUUGGACUCGUUACAUCGCCAAAUGACGAAGGAGACAUGCUAUAAUACCUUUUAACGGAGGGCGUUUGUUAAAACGCUUGGGAGAAUGGCUUCCAAGGAACGACUGUAUGAGCUGUGGAUGUUGUAUUACACCAAGAAAGAUGUGGCGUAUCUGCAGCAGUGGCUGGAAGCCUUUGUGGCCUCUUUUGAGAGGAUCAUUGAUGUCCGCUCCCUGGAGCCCAAACGGCUGGAGGAGGGGGUGUCUGAGGUGCCUCAGCUGCCCAGGGAGGUGCUGGUGCUGCUCAGUACCCAGCUGUGGCACAGCGCCCUGCACCUCUCCGGACAGGAGCCCAAUGGCAGCGUGCCACACCCACUACUGCUCAUCAAGUUCUUCAUCAUCAUAUGCAGGAACAUGGACAACAUUGACCCUGACAAGACCCCAGGAUUUGUGUUUGAGACCAUCAAGCUUUUAACCUUUUGCCUUAAUCAGUUGAAACAGUGUCCAGAGGAGGAGCAGCAGCGUGUGUCUCUGCAGUGUGUGGCCCAGCAUGGCCUGCUGCUGUGUGAGAGCCUCUUCGACCCCUACCAGACCUGGAGGAGGCGGCUAGCAGGUUUUUCACCUAUCGCACACACAUCACACUCACCAAGUGAACAGAACUCGUCCGCAAGACAAAGGGAGGAGCUGAGCAUGCUGGAGAGGAGUAAAUACAAGUUUGCUCCUCUGACGGUCCCAGAGGAACUCCCUGCUCUCUUUCAUGAUGUCCUGCAGCAGAGUGAGUGUCAGCCAGAGCUGCUGGUGGUGUGGCUGGUCCACCUCCAGGGAGCCAUCCUCAGUGGGAGCAAGAAGAACGGCCUGAUGUCCCUCACGUCCUCUGCGGUGGACGACCUCUUCUCUGUGCUGCGCGCCUGGUGCCUGCGGCCCCCUCCCUCGCCCGGCCACCCCAAGGACCCCCAGCUCUUGCGGCUGUCUCUGCAGUGCCUGACGGCAAUGUUGCACCUGCUGCACGCCAGCAGCCCUGCCGAGCGCCAGCUGGACAUCAGGCACGUGCUGGACGGCUACUUCCAGCUGCUGAACUGGAGCAGGCCCCCCACGGACGACCCGGAUUGCCUGCAGCACUGGGAGGACAGCCUGGUGACCCUGCAGACGCACAUGCUCAAUACCAUCCCCCAGAUCCUGCAGUGCUCAGACCGCGCCGUGCUGCAGGCCAUCUUCCUCAACAACAACUGCUUUGAGCAUAUCCUGCGCCUCAUCCAGAACAGCAAGCUCUAUCAGAGCAGUAGGUGUAGGAAGGAACAUGAGGGUGUGUGUAACAUCACCACACACUCACUGUCGGAGGUGGAAGUGGAUCAGGUGUGGGAAAAGGGUUCAGACUGCAUCACAGUGCACGCCAUCGGAGUACUCACCGCCAUCAUGAGCAACUCCCCCUCCGCCAAGGAGGUCUUUAAGGAGCGCAUUGGCUACUCCCAGCUGUUUGAUGUGCUCAAGAGCCAGGGGAGGCCCACCAAACGACUGCUGCAGGAGCUCAUGAACAUGGCAGUGGAAGGGGAGCACUCCCAGGCCGUGCACCUGGGCAUCAGCAAUGAGCAGCCCCUGGUGCUGCUGCUGCAGUGGCUGCCGGAGCUGGGCCAGCGGGAGCUGCAGCUGCUGGUGUCCCAGUGGCUGGCGGCCGUGUGUGGGGGCUCGUUAGCGUGCCGCACGGUGGCGGUGGAGGCGGGGCUGGUGGACACCCUGCUGGAGGUGCUGGGCCGGCCCGAGCUGCUGGACCGGCAGUGUGCCGAUGCCCUGUGGGGCCUGCUGCAGGAGCUGGGCUCCCUCUCCCUCCGGCCGGAGCAGCUCAAAGCCUUGCUCAGACUACUACGCGUGGAUCCCCCCGCUGUCGCCAACUCCACACCCACGACCUCCGCAACGUCCCCGUCCGCUCCACCACACCCGUACUGUGCCCGUGCCAUCCGCGUGCUGUCCGCCAUGGCCACGCGGGAGGGCCGUGCCAGCGCGCUGCAGUACUUUGACCUGACGCCGCCCAUGGCAGGCAUCAUGGUGCCGAGCAUCGCCCGCUGGCCGGGCAGCGCCUUCGCCUUCCACGCCUGGCUUUGUCUCAAUGUAGAGUUCCCCCCGCCAGCACUGCAGCCCGACGGAUUUGGACCCUCGUCGGCAUCACCCUCAGGAACAGGACCAGCUACGAUGGGCAACAACCGAGUGGGCAAAGGGCAUCGCAGGAAACAGCUGUACAGCUUCUUCACGGCCAGUGGUACAGGCUUCGAGGCCUUCUUCACCAUGGAAGGGGUGCUGGUGGUGGCCGUCUGCACCAAGAAAGACUACAUGGCGGUCGCCCUUCCCGAUAAGCCAUUGGUGGACUCUAUCUGGCACUCGGUGGACAUUGUGCACAUUCCGGGCCGUCGUCCUUUUGGCCAGAACACGGUGACCAUCUACGUGGACGGAGAGCAGGUCAAGACGGCCCAGUUACGCUUCCCAUCCAUGAACGAGCCCUUCACCUCCUGCUGUAUCGGCUCUGCAGGCCACCGCACCACCACCACCUCCACCUCCCCCACCUUCCCCCCGCCCUCCCUGGCCGGCCCCAACAACGACAUGGCCUUCCCCACCCACCCCAGCACCCUCACGCGCUCACAGUCCUUCCCAGCGUCCUUUGCGGCGGGCCGCUGGGGGCUGGGAGGGGUGCGGGACGCCCCCGUGCACACCAUCCCGGCAGGGCUGCAGGACACGGAGUGGGGCACCCCCUCCUCUCUGGACGGCCUGCUGGGCACCGCCUUCAUAUGUUACGAGGCGCUGCAGCCCGUACAGACACGCACGCUCUACACUGCAGGUCCAAACAAUGUGUGCCUAUUCAAGUCAGAUGGAGAGCUGUCGGAACUUAAUAGCAAGCUUCUGCUCUACUAUACUCCUCAGGCCUUCAAGAGCCAGAUCUGUCUGGACCUGUCCCCCAACCACCAGUACGACGGACGCCUAACCGGCCACCGCGUGGUCAACUGGCAUAUCAAGGACGUGUUGAACUCGGUGGGGGGCAUGGGAGCGCUGCUUCCCCUGCUGGAGCAGGUGUGUGGUGGGGAGCAGGCGGAGACUGGCGGCCAGGAGACCUCGGACCUGCUGGGGCCAGAGCUCACAUCCUCCAGGGGCCCUGCUGGCAUGCUGCUUCCCCUGGGGAAAUCCUCAGAGUGCCGUCUGGAGCGUAACAGUGUGGCCGCCUUUCUGCUCAUGGUGAAGAACAUGUUACGGCAGCAUCCCGUCAACCAGGAGAGCCUGCUGCACUGCCAAGGCCCCGCCAUCAUAGGAGCCAUGCUCAGCAAGGUGCCCAGCAGUGUGAUGGACAUGAGUGUGUUGAUGGCGUGCCAGUUCCUCCUGGAGCAGGUGUCCAGUGAGGGCCACAGCGCUCUGCUCUCCCAGCUCUACCAGCACCUGCUCUUCAGCACACGCAUCUGGAGCCCCAGCCACUUCGCCGUCUGCCUGGGUCAUGUGCAGUACCUGUCCUCUGUGCUGAAGGACAGCAAGCAGCGCACGCGGAGGAAGUACGGGGUGCAGUACAUCCUGGACUCCAUACGCACACACUACAGUGUGGAGAAGGAUGGCAGUGCUCUGUCGGAGGAGAGGCAGACGGUGCAGAUCUCCCUCUUCUCUCUGCUCAAGGACUUCCUGCUCAAGAGCCCCACCCCAGAGGACAUCCACAGUGUCCUGGCGUACGCCUGCAUCACGCCUGAUGAGACCCAGGUGAUCAGUGCUCUGGAUGUGGUGUACAGUGUGCUGCGGUGUCCUCCCCCGCGUGACCAGGCCCUGGGGGUGCUGCUGGAGUGGGGGGUGGAGCAGCUCUACUGCCUGCUGCUCAAGCCCGCCUUCUCAGACGAGACCCGCGAGAGGGUGUUCCGGGUGCUGUAUAAGGUCCUGAAGAGCGAGCGGGUACAGGAGCGCAGUAAGCACCGCAUCAAGCUGCGCGACUCCGGAUACCUGGGCCUCGUCUGCUUCCUGGAGGACACCCCCGUCACCAUGACCACCAUACGCUGCCUCUACGAGCAGGUCCUGGCCACAGAUUCCGCUCCGAACUUCAGAGAUUUGCUGGCGGUGGUGUACCUGUCCCAUCGCUCUGACCUGACUGUGCGGCUGGACAUGUGUCGGAAGCUCUUCCACCUGAUCUACUCCAGUGAGGAGUACGUGCGUCAGCUGGCCAGGCAGCCGGGCUGGCAGGACCUCCUGACCAAGCUCUACGUCAAGGAGUCCUACGAGUCGCGGGCCAACAGCCAAUCAGGCUCCGGCUCCAGCCCCCACAGCUCCCUGGAGCCCGGCGCCACCCCCCGGCAGCCCCUGCUGCGGCGCGACGACAGCGUCAUCGAGGACCGCCCCCCUCACCACCACGACGUCUUCUACAGUCACAACCACCGUGAUGACGAGGAAGAGGAGGAGGAGGAUGAGAUGGUCGGCGGCGACGAGGAAGAGGCGGCGUCGCGCGAGAACGACGUGUCGGAGGGCUUCUCGGACUUCUCCUCGCAGUCGCCGCCCCCGCACGCGGCCUCGCUCAAGGGCCUGGGGCACGCCGACUCGCACCUGCACUUCAAGUCCUUCGACUCGGCCACCGAGCACGGCAGCAGCCGCUCCUCCUCCUUCUCCACCACCGUGGACAUCCCCGGGGCCUCCUCGCGUCUCCUGGAGGAGGACGAGGUGGAGGGGGAGGGCGGCCAGUACCUCCCCCAGUCCCCCUUCGGAUCCCCCUUCGAGCUGGAGCUGAGGGUGGGUGGCAGAGCUGGGGGCGGCGACACUGUGGAUGGUCAGGGUGGGAAUUUGGGGUCCUCCUCCCGCCAAACGCACACGUCGGUGGGCAGCCAGUGCGACACGCCGUCCCCUCUGGAGCCCGGACGCACCUUCCUGGGGCCCCGGCCCCGCAAGAGCUCCAGCCUGUCCAACGUGCUGGAUGAGGCCAGCUAUAGCACAGAGCAGCCCACCGCCGAUAGCAUCUCCAACACCUCUAACCCACAGCAGGCCCCUGAGGAGGAGCUGUGUAACCUGCUGACCAACAUCGUGUUCUCGGUGCUGUGGAGCGGGGCGGAGGGGGCCGAGGACACCGUGUGGAGGGAGAGGGGACAGGUCUUCUCCGUCCUCACCAAACUAGGCAGCUCCUGCCAGCUCGUACGCCCACCUGAUGACAUCAAACGCAGCUUGCUGGAAAUGAUGCUGGAGUCAUCUCUGUCAGACCUGCGCGAUGCGGCUGGAGUUACCCCUCCCCACAUUCCUAAUGUGCUCCGCCUCCUGCGGCUGCUCCAGGACUUCCUAUUCGCUGAGGGCACCGACAAUCACAACCUAUGGAGUGAGAAGAUCUUCGAGGGCAUGGUGAACCUCCUGGACCGUCUGCAGGCGUGGCACCCCCCUCCUGCCUCCCCCUCCACCCCCGAGCUCAAGGAGAUGGCCCACAUCGGCCUCCGCAUCAUCACCGGAUACAUCCAGCAGCAGCACCCGCAGGUGUGUGUGAUGGCUUGUGUCAAGCUCCACAGCCUGCUGCAGACGGUGCUGUGUCUGGGCUGGGAGGAGGUCUGCUUUCUGCUGGGGCGCUUGGGGGCCCCCUUGUGGCCGGCCGAGGGAGCGGCGCCGGUUGCCACGGACACCAACGGCGAGGCGGAGAUGUUCAGCCAGCUGGUGCCCAUCGUGCGGACGCUGCUGGACCAGCACGCCGACCCCGUGGCCCUGCUGCGGCUGCUGCCCGCUCUGCCCCCCACCAACGGCAGCGCCACCUUCGCCCAGGACCUGCAGACCUACUGCAGCACGCUGGAGUGGCAGGACUUCUACCACAAUCAGGUGAAGGUGACCAUGGAGCAGUAUGAGCUGGACACCUUCAGCAAGAGUCACGACCUCAUGUCCUGCUUCUGGAACUCCUGCUUCGACGACCUCAUGAACACCUCGCAGAUACGCGACAAGGAGCGCCAGGACAGCAAGGCCAAGUUCCAGGAGGUGAUCGUGGACCCCUAUGUGAAGCGUGUGCGUGUGGAGAACGGGCGCUACCACAGCGGGCAGAAGCAGAGUGUGACGCAGCAGGCCGUGGUGGCCAAGUACUGGAAGGCCCUGCAGAGACUCCUCACCCACCCCAGAGCCGCCUGGGCUCACAGAACUCAGCCAGAUGUGAAGUGGAAGCUGUCCAAUGCAGAAACCUACUCCAAGAUGCGGCUCAAACUCGUCCCCAACUACAACCACGACUCGCACAGUGAAGCUGCCGCUCUUCGGGACAAUAUGGGAGCUGACAGCCCCCGCAGCACCACAGACACCAUCCCGCUGGCCGUUGCCAAGGAGGCCAAAGUGAGUGACAUGGAGGACGACCAAUUAGGAGAUGAGGACAUGUUCCUGCUCAACCAGCCAGAGGGUGAGGAGGAGAGCCAGAAGGAGAAGCUGGUGUUGUCUGAGGACUGUGAGCUCAUCACCAACAUCUCGGUGGUGCCUGGGAGGCUGGAGGUCACCACACACCACCUCUACUUCUACGACGCCAGCAGCGAGAAGGAGGAGACUGAGGAGGGUAUAGGCUUUGACCUGAAGCGUCCCCUGAGUCAGCUGCGUGAGGUGCACCUGAGGAGGUUCAACCUGCGGCGCUCCGCUCUGGAGCUCUUCUUCAUAGACCAGUCCCACUACUUCAUCAACUUCAGGAAGAAGGUGCGAAACAAGGUGUACUCUAGGAUCCUGGGCUUGCGGCCACCCAACCUCUUCUACUUUGGCUCUCGGUCACCUCAGGAGCUCCUCAAAGCCUCCAACCUCACACAGAAAUGGGUGCACAGAGAGAUCUCCAACUUUGAGUACCUCAUGCAGCUCAACACCAUCGCUGGACGCACCUACAACGACCUGUCCCAGUACCCCGUGUUCCCCUGGGUGCUGUGUGACUACACCUCUCCGGUGCUGGACCUGGAGGAUCCUGCGGUGUUCCGGGACCUGUCCAAGCCCAUCGGGGUGGUGAACCCACGCCACGCCCAGAGCGUCAAGGAGAAGUACGAGAGCUUUGAGGACCCCACGGGAGCAAUUGACAAGUUCCACUACGGCACACACUACUCCAACGCCGCCGGAGUCAUGCACUACAUGAUACGCAUGGAGCCCUUCACCAGCCUUCACAUACAGCUGCAGAGCGGCAGGUUUGACUGUGCGGAUAGGCAGUUCCACUCGGUGGCCGCGGCCUGGCAGGCUCGUAUGGAGAGCCCGGUGGACGUCAAGGAGCUCAUCCCAGAAUUCUUCUACUUCCCAGAAUUCCUGGAGAACAUGAAUGUGUUUGAUCUGGGUUGUCUGCAGAUGUCCCAGGAGCCUGUGGGUGAUGUGCUGCUGCCUCGCUGGGCCUCCUCAAGGGAGGACUUCAUCAAGAAACACAGACAAGCUCUAGAGAGUGAGCACGUGUCUGCCCACCUGCAUGAGUGGAUCGACCUCAUCUUCGGCUACAAGCAGAGAGGAGAGGAAGCUGUCAACGCUCUCAACGUCUUCUACUACUGCACCUAUGAAGGGGCGGUGGAUCUGGACGCGAUAGCCAAUGAGGUGGAGCGGAAGGCUCUUGAGGGCAUCAUUAGCAACUUUGGCCAGACGCCUUGUCAGCUGCUCAAGGAGCCCCAUCCUCCCCGUAUGUCCCUCCAGAGCUCAUCUCGGCGGCUGGCCCGCCUGGACACUCUCCCCCCUAACCUCUUCGAGCAGCUGGACAAACUCAGGCCUUUUGUGGAGGUGGUGAGUGACGGGCUGCCUCUGGUGCAAGCAGUGGUGCCCCGCACCCAGACCAGGUCCUUCAUCAUACAGGGCUCUGACGUGCUGGUGUCGGUGAGUGCCAACGGCCUGAUCGGCACACACAGCUGGCUGCCCUACGACAAAAACAUUGCCAACUACUUCACCUUCACAAAGGACCCCACUGUCUCCAACCCCAAAACGCAGCGUUUCCUGAGCGGGCCCUUCUCCCCGGGCGUGGACAUCGGGCCCAAGGUGCUGGUGGUGUCCAAUGACGGGCGUCUGCUCUUCAGCGGGGGCCACUGGGACUGCAGCCUCAGGGUCACCAUGCUGGGCAAGGGCAAGCUGGUGGGCAGGAUCUGCCGGCACAUAGACAUAGUGACAUGUCUGGCUCUGGACCUGUGUGGAAUCUACCUCAUCUCGGGCUCCCGGGACUGCUCCUGUAUCAUCUGGCAGGUGCAGCAGCAGGGGGGCUUCUCCAGUGGCCUGUCCCCUAAGCCGGUGCAGGUGCUCUGUGGACACGACCAGGAGGUCACCUGUGUGGCCAUGAGCACGGAGCUGGACAUGGCCGUGUCAGGGUCAAAGGAUGGCACUCUGAUCGUGCACAGCGUGCGCCGUGGUCAGUUCCUGCGCACCCUGCACCCGGCCUCAGAGGUGGGCCUGUCCUCCCGCAUCACCGAGCUGGCCGUGGGCAUGGAGGGACACCUGGUCGCCCAUGCCGUGGUGGAGGGACGACACUCUGGAAAGGAGCGGUGUUCUCUGCAUGUGUACUCUGUGAAUGGGCGGGAGCUGGCCAGGGUGGCUCUAGAGGAGCAGGUGUCAGCUCUGUACCUGGGGCAGGAGCACGUCAUCCUGGGCACCAGCCUGGGAAACCUGCACGUCCGAGACCUGCACAGUCUGAAGCUGGCGGUGUCUCCGCUGCAGCUGAAGGUCCCGAUCCGCAGUGUGUCGGUCACCAAGGAGAACAGCCACGCGCUGGUGGGACUGGAGGACGGCAAGCUCAUCGUGGUGGGAGCCGGCAAACCAGAGGAGGUGCGCUCAGGCCAGUUCUCCCGUCGGCUGUGGGGUUCCACGCGCCGCAUCUCUCAGGUGUCGUCGGGGGAGACGGAGUACAACCCCACUGAGCCCGCCGCCAAGUGACGCCGCUGGUCAGGAAGAUGACAAAGAGGACGACAGGGGGACGCACUGAUGGAUGGGGGGGGGACACGGGGACGUGCUCACCCGCCGUGCCUUCCGCCCAGCCUCCAGAGGGCAACGCUCCUCAUAUGUGGUGAUGGAGGGCAGGACCCAGCCAUAACGGAUGCCACCCAGGCAAGGAGCCUUCCACUAGGCUUGACGGCUGGCCCCACUGCAAUUCACUGUCACCUGCACCACCACUAACACUGAUUUUAUACAAGUGAGCCAGGAGAAAGGGAACGGAAGCAAUCAUAUUCCAAAGCUGCACUUUUUUAUCAUGAUAUUGUCAAAACAUAGGCAUUUUAUGUGGUAGUUAGUUGUUUGUUCCAAAGAUUAUUUUUUAAAAUGACCCUUCGCUUUUAAUGGACUUCCGACUUCUGCUGUUGGUGUUUGGUGAGUAACAGUGGAUGUUUGGGGUUGUGUGUGUUGUUUUAAAUGGUUUUUGAGUUUUCUUUUUAAAUGUGCCUCUACUGCAAUACUGCAGCCUGACCACUAGAGGGACAGGACCACACAGGAGCCCUCAGUGUCUGCCGUGUGCAAAAGCAAUAAUGAAUGUGAAUGUUCAUUCUCCGUGUUCUUACUGAAAGUGCAAAAUACUGUAAUGAUGUGCUAUACGAGAUUCCUUCAUGCCUUAAAAAACUAAGACUAAAUGUCCUAUAUAUAUCAGUAUAAUGGUUUGUUCUUUCUGUUUUUUUUCUACUGCUGUUUUGUGUUAUUGUUAUUAUUAUUAUUCGCUGCACUGAACCUUUUACUGUUCUUCACGCUUCAGCCACCCAUGAUCACAUCUCCUCAAGUUGCAUUUAGAGGCACGCACAUGCACAAGCUGAUGCACACACACACACACACACACACACACACACACACACACACA